ACGGGCCACUCAGGCAAGCAUGGACACGAGUUCCUAGAGUUCGAGUAUUCCCAUGGACGUUUACGAUACGCCAACAACUCGAACUACCGUAAUGACAGUCUGAUUCGUAAAGAGAUGUGGAUUGGGCCGUUGGUGGUGAAAGAACUGAAGAGAAUCGUCGAGUCGAGCGAGAUCAUCAAGGAAGACGACCAGAACUGGCCAAAGAAGAACAUCGUUGGGAAGCAGGAGUUGGAAAUCCGAGUGGGGAAUGAUCAUAUUGCCUUUGAAACAGCAAAGAUCGGCUCGUUGGUCGACGUACAGGACAGCGAGGACCCAGAAGGCUUACGCGUGUUCUACUACCUCGUUCAGGACCUCAAGUGUCUCAUUUUUUCUCUUAUUUCUCUCCACUUCAAAAUCAAGCCUAUAUAA